AUGGCUGAAUGGAUUGCUGAUUGCAUGCCUUUAGCACUGCGAUCUGUUGGAGAUGCCAUAAGGCAUGAUUCGGAAAACAGGACAAAGGUUUGACAUUAAUUAAUUCUUGCACUGAUAAAGAGCACGCUUUAUUAGGCUUAAGCUUGAUCUCUUUAUAUGACAAGGUUAAUAAAAAUAAACUAAUUUACAUUGUUUAAAGGUAUAGUAAAAGUUUAGUUUAAAGAUCUAUUCCUUUGAACUCAGAUCAGUCUAAUCAGCUACAUGUGCGUAUAAGCAACUAUAAUUGUAAAAUGUCGCAUCGUUCUAUCGCGAUCUUAGCUAAUGGACAGUAAAAUUUUAUAAGUUGCUGAAUGAAUGACGUCACAUGUGUAUUUUUUGACCCAGGUGUUUUGAAAUAAACUUCCUUUAAUAAAAUGGAAUCUAUUGUUGUGAGUGCAAGUUCAAAAAUCACAUGCAUUCAUCAUUUUUCACCCGCGACGUAAACAAAUUAACUCCUCAGAUAUAAACAUAUUUAUAAAUAAUUCUCUCAUCACACGUGUGCAGGAAGACAAAUUUCUUGGGAUUAUCAUUCAUGAAAAUUUAUCUUGGAAACCGCAUAUCUCUGCUGUCUGUGAUAAAGUCUCUAAAGUAAUAGGAGUCUUAUGCAAGUCGAGGCGAUACUUACCCUUGAAUACUUUGAAAACUUUAUAUAAUUCUCUUUUCUUACCUUACAUCAAUUAUUGCAGUUUUUACUUAUGCUUCUUACCUUAAACCCCUUUAUGUACUUCAAAAGAAAGCUGUUCGUGUAAUUACUUUUUCUCCUCCGUGCACAUCCUCUAAGCCCCUUUUUUCUAAGCAUAAUAUUCUUUCACUCUACUCUAUCUAUAAAUUCCAUGUUGCUUGUUUUGUAUUGUCACAUUUCAAUAGCCUUUUACCUACUCCGGUUUCCUCGAUCCUUCAUUUUAAUUCUGAAUAUCAUGAUUAUAUGACUCGUUCACGUUUUAAUCUGCAUAAAACCUGUCAUAAGUACCAAUUUGCUAUCACUUGGCAAGCUCCUAUUAUUUGGAAUGAUAUUCCGUUAACUGUGCGUAAUAAUCUCACAGUAAGUAACUUUAAAAAAUACUUAAGACUGUAUUUUUCUGAGUAGUUAAUUAGCCUACGCAUAAUCUGUACACCUUAUGGGACUAUACUAGGUGUAUUUGUUUGUAGUUGUUUGUGUGGUUUAUAGGAAUUAUUAGUUGUUUGUGUGGUUUAUAGGAAUUAUUAGGAAUAAUAAUAGGUUUAUAGGAAUUUUUAGUUGUUUAAAUAUUUGAAAUUAGUUGCCAAGUAUUGUAUUUUAGUUGUAAGUUUUUCUAACUGACCUUUUCUUUCUUGAUCUAAUUGUAUUGUAAUUAUUUUUGUUAAAGCCUUCUUCUAUUCCUGUAAAUUCUUCACAUCUUUUUUUUGCUGACCUCAGGCCAUUUAAGCCCCCGGCUUUGGCUGUUCUUGUGUAUUUUUUUUUUCUUCCAGGAAUUGAUUAAUUAAUUAAACGUAACAAUUGUCAAUUAAAUGUAUCAUAGUGGGCACACUAAUACAGGCGAUUACAUAUCGUUGUUGUAGGUAACACUCAUUCUCAGAUUAAACUAGAAUUUCCUUUGUCUCCUAUGAACAAUUAGGGCUAGGAAACAGAGGAAGUUCUUAAUCAAACUAUAUUGAAUACAUGUACCGGUACUUGCUUAACCUGAGAACAUAGAAACUCUCUAGGUUAAAUGGAGAAAAAAUCAAUUAAAGUUUUGCUCAUUUCCUGAACCAGGAAGCAUACUGCCAGUACCUGAGUUCUAUGAUGUACAUUUCACAAGUCCUAAAAGAUGAUGCUUGGGAUAAAGGUAUGAUCUUUAAUCCUUUGUCACUAAACAAGAAGUCAUAUUUUUAUGUUACCUUCCAUGCUGAGAUUUUGAAGGUUAUAAGUAGUUUAUAAUUUUUUUUUUCUACGAUACAAUUCUUUGCCUUAAAAUAAACCAGAAAAAUGAUUAUAUAUUAGUGAAAUGCUAGUACAAAGGCGCAACAAAUUUUUCUCAUACACUGGUACACUUACAGUGUAAUAUCUUGGGCAAUGUGCAUUUCAAGAAUAUAAUAUUUACUUGAUGUUUAAAUUGUUAUUCUUCUUAGAUUUGAGGCAGGUGUAUAACAGUGAUACGGCCAAGUUAUUUCGAUUACUUCAACAGUGCCAGGAAAGAGCUCUGACGAUUGUUUCUACACUUGGUAUGUAACUUUCAGUGAGCUUGGUCGGCAGCACAUAAGAAUUUGGUCAGACCAGGAAUGCUGCACACUUACAUUACAAAAAAAAUAAAAAUCCCAAGGUUGUAGGGCUGAUGUUUUGAAACAAAGUUACAUGUAGAUGCAUGAGAAAUAAAAAUUAACUACGGUCUAUUUCAGGGUGAAUAAUAAAAAAAAUUAAUACUUAGAUUUUACCUGUGUUAGAAUGUCUGUAAAACUGUAAGGGUUUGACGUGGAAAAAAUUGCUGCAGGCCUGUUGCUAAGAUUUCAAGUUGCUGGGUUUAUGCAAUAGACCUUCUUACCGCUACGGUGGCCAUGUUGAAUUUGUUAGAUAAUUUAAGGAUUAUUAUGGGAUGCCCAGGGGGCAUGAACAUGAUCUGAUAUAUUCGCUCAGUAUUUAUGCGCACUUUUCAGGCCGAUUUUUAUUUAAGUUUUCCUAGAAAAAGAUUGUAAUAUUGUUCCAGAAAAUAUCCACACUACCCCAAGGAUGGUAUUUUGGUUUGGAAAUUCCAGUUUAGUUUCAUACCUUCCUUUAAAAAAUUUUGGCCUUUAAGACCUCUUCCCCUUUGGAAUUUCCUAGGACCAUCCUUGGGGUGGGUAUGGAUAUUUUCUGGAAGUACACAAUGGGAAAAAAAGAUUAUUGUGCCAUGACUGUUUGGAUGUAGCAAUAAUCGCCUUUUUCCCAAGAAAUAUACAAUGAAGUUCUCUUUUUGUGUGAAAAGUGGGUGUAAAUACUGAGGGAGUGUCCCCUGGGCACCCCAUAAUACUCCUUAAAUCUAAUAAAAUAAUUCAAUACAUAAAAUGGUCUAUUGGUGAGCAGGGAAUUGCAGAGCUGUGGAAUUUGGAUUUAUUUUCCUUUAAAAGUAGCUAGGGGUCAUGCCCAUAGUAGGGGUGGGUUAAUUUAGUUGGGGAGGAGAGGGAACCUAAGCCACAUGCCCUCGUGACAGAUCUAAUGGCUGGUUUUCGAGGUGUGUGACAUGGUCCAACUACUUUUUCUAUUGAGCAAUAAAAAAAUAAUUAUCUUGAUAUUAUUUUUUGCACAAAUCAGUCAAACCACUAUAAAACCUCACUGUUAAGAGUUGGAUACCUACAAAUUUAACAGAAGAGCCACUAUGUUAAAAUACAAUUUUCAACUCAGGUAUUUUGCAAGUUAUAUCUUAUAAUUCUGGUAUAAGAAAGCUUGACUACAGCUGCUAAGGGUCUGUUAGCUGCUACAGUGUUUAUUGGGGUGAACUUAGCUUUAUUCUGUUUUUACUUCAGCAAGUGAAUCAUCAUCUGUGUUGAAACCUGAGGCUGAUAAGUCCAUGCAGCAUCUCCAGCCUCCAUCGGAUGGCAUACAAAAGAGAUAUUCUGACAGUUCCGAAGCUGAUGGCAGGCAUUCAGAUCAGUCACGCUUGCCACCUCAGAGCCAAUCAUCUCAUAAGCUGUCUGAUACAACUGCGCCAGGGUCAAGACUGUCAACACCUUCCAAUGAUGAUUAUCUUCACCUGCCGUCACCGCCUGGUUCCCCAAUGCCACAUCAUCGAAGGUACCAGAAAAUUAUGUCUCGAAAUUCAUGCUUGGGUAUCUUUGAUAAUUUUCAUGUGUGUUUGUGUGUGUGUGUUCUUUGCUUCCUUCGUCUCAUCUCAUGCCAUGUGGCUCAAAAAUUUCUAUGGAGCUUACAGUAUUAUUAUACAAUGUAAGAUAAAAAAACAACAAUAACUAAUCCUGGUGUCACAUUAAAAUUAAUUUUUCCAUUAUUAGUGUCUAAUAGGUACAAACAAAUGUGAUAAUAUUUCAUCUGUAAACUUUUAUCCACUGUGAGUGUAUCCCCUGUAGCAUUUCUAAACAUGGUUAUAGUAUUGGGAAAGGUCAAGUCAGGGCAAAAGAAUCUUCUAUUGACAGAAACAAAAUAGUCAAGAAAAUCUACAUUGAAAUACAUUUGAGUGAUAUUGCACUUCCUCUGAGCCCUCAAGCCAAAAAAAAUUCACUAAUUUUCCUGUUUGUGAUGCAUAAGCCAUUGUCAUAAUAAAUUCUUCAUUACAAUUUUUUCAAAGAGGCCAGAAAAACCUGCCGAGUUUGUGACAUUGCCAAAAUAAGAGAUAAGGCAAAUUACAACAGUUGAAUAAUACAACCUUUCUUUGCACAGUAACUUAUUAAAUAAAAGUAAAAUACAUUAAAUGUUAUAUUAUUGUAUUAAUUCCUGAAACUUUCCCUUCUUUGUGAAUCAUCUGCUUACCUUAGAACUGGUAGUUACGAUCCUUUAGAGAAAGCAUAUCAAGAAAACAAGAAUUUAUUAGUAGCAUACAGGACAAGAAUGCAAAGUUCAACAAAAGGAAGGCGCAAUCAGGAUGUAAUAUCAAAGGUGACGACGUUAUUCAUGAUAUAUAUAGAUUUUUUUUAUGUUUUAUGACUGAUUAUCGUCUUUUCCUUUACAUGUAGGAAACUAGUUUAAAUUUGUUAUCCUAAUUUGUAAAUACGAUUUGUUUGUUUGUAAGGAGUAUGCGUAUUGUAGGGAGUAAGAGUUAUUUGCUUGAUGCUGAAGGCAACUUAACUGAAUAGCCCCCUUGCAAGCCACCUGUUCUGUUGAAAGCAGCAGCAGCAUCCUCUAAUGUUAAAUAAAAUUGCAUGUUCAUAUUGUGUGUUUUUUGGGUCCAGAGUAAGCAAGACCCUGAAGAGAGAAUUAAGCCCUAUCCACAAAAAAAGCAAGGUUGUUAUUUCAAUUUUAUAUUAGCAAUGUAGCUUCUUUUGUCAAAACAUGAUGAUAAUAUUAAAAUAUUAUUAUUGAUUUUAUAACACCAAAUUUCUCUAAACUUUAACAGAAUCUCAGUUUAAUGAGAAGAAUGUCUGAGAAUCUUGUCAUUGCUAAAGCCAGGGAGGAUGCUGUAUCCUUUUUUUUAUUUAUAGUAAAUCUGUUGAUAGUUGUCAAUAGAAUUCUUUCACAUAUAAUUUAUGUCUUUAAUGCAAGCAACUAUAGAGUAGCUGGCAAGGAAAUACUAAGUCCUUAUCCAGUUCAAUAUAUGAUUAUAAUAAUGUAAUAUAAAGUGGAACUGUUUCCAGCCUGCGUAGCAGUUUUCCACACCCGAGUUAUUGUGCAAAAGUUGGACAAGAGCAACAUUAAUUUUGUGCUAUAUAUCAAGUGAAAAGCUUGCUACAUAGGCUAGACCAGGGUCGUCAUUAAGAGCCGGGGGCCGGGGAUUUUCCCCGGCUACUAAGAGAGUGGCCCCCGACUACUUUUAUUGGAAAAUAGAAGAAAAAUAGAACCAAAAGAAAUCUGUAGCCGUUUGAUUCCCCGCCUACUUGUUGUAUUUACCUGGCAACUUGAAAUCUUGGUGACAACCCUGCUAGACUAUUCCAUUGUCCUCCACAUACACUUUCCCUGUGAAUCAACAGGAAAAAUAGGGGGAAAUUAUGCAAGAAUGCCAUUAUUUUGCAAUCAAAAUAGGGGCUUAAGGGAGAAAGCCACGAAAAACAUGGUGGGUGCUGGGAAUGCAAGAUGUGGGAGGUAGUUGGUUUAGAGACCCCUGUUUCCAUCCCCUUUUUCUCUAUUCAGUAAAACCUUUAAUAUACACUUUAGCAAUUAAUACCAUUUUCUGUUUGCACAAUAACAACAUGUAAAUGUUCUUUUUUUUUUGUUUUGCUUGUUUCUUGGGGGGUUCCUUUUUACUUCACUGUGCACAGUGUAAUUAGCAUAUUUCUAUUAUUGUUCACAUGUAUUGUACAAAGUAUCUAAGAUUAUUUUUUUCCCUAAGUCACUAAUAAAGUUGGUUUACACGAAAAAAUCCCCUUUUUUGAACAAUAAUCAAUGUUCCUGAAAAGUCCCUUUGGGGAGGUAACAAUAAAGUAUGUAUCUAUGUAUGUACGUAUUAAUUAAUUUUUGACUCAGUAUACACAAUUUGAUUAAACAUUUCUUAACUCAACACAAAGAUAAAGAAAAAACUUCUUGAACGACAACAAAGGCUUCAAGAAGAGACUAAUAGGUAAAUUUCUUACAAUAAUUAUUUCCAGCAAUUUAAAUAACAUUUUUAGUCUCAAAGGUCUUCUUUCAAGCAUAUCUCACUUACUUUCAUUUUGUAAAUGGGGUUGGCCAAAUGAGACUCAUCACAUAGUAACUAAAAUGAGGUUAUGCAACAAAAAAUGGUGACAAAAAGUGUUAAAAAAUGAGGUUAUGCAACAAAAAUUGUUGACAUCUUGUUGAAGGGUUGACAUUACUUGAAAGAAUACUGCACCUUUGAGAAAAAAUUUGUUAUGAUUUAAAUUAUUGUUCAUUUUCCAAAAUCAAGAGUGAACGUUGAUAGUCUUUAAUUAUUUCCUUGUACAUCGUACCUUCUUUAAGAAAGGUCUUGUAUAGCAGCUCAUGCAGACGUUCUUAGCAUACCUUCCUUCCCCAUUUUCAGGCUAGGUCUAAGAAUGAAAAACAGCUUCUACCAAUGAUUUUAACCGAUUUUUAGUACUGCGUGUAGCUCGUAUUGUAGUACAGUGGCCAAUUGUUUAGGCGCUUUUUCUGGGCAGGAAACUCAGUAAGGAAUGCAGGAGUAAAUUAACACCGAUGACAUCAUAGAUGGGUGUCUUUUGCAUAAGUUCACCAUUGACUCUGGGAGUGAAUGGGUUAUAUAGGGUGAUGUCAUCUUCUGUUGUUUAUGCUGAACCUUGGUGCAGUGACCUUGUUACCUCUGUGUCCUGCUUCCGUGAUGCAUAGAAGUGCCCAAAGACGCAAAAUAAUUCAUGGCAUGCAUCCCGUAGGAUGCAAAGAUUGAUUAAUCGAUCUGAACAUUUGUAUAAUUUGUAGAUAUAUCCUGUAUGUGUAAUUUGUGAGAGAAGGUCUUUUAAGGCAUAAGAAAUACUCCCAAAAAAUGAUGUUUAUUUGGCAAUAUAAUUGUUGCUCUGCAGUUUUUCAAUUUUGUAGUUGAUUAAUAAAUUGAAAAAAAAGAAGAAACGAUUUUCACACUUGAAAAAAUAAUUAUUUCGUGUUUGAGCUACCGGGCGCUAAAUGUAGAACAACCAGAGUUGCGUCCAGCGUCCGUCUUGAAACGAAACUCCUAGAACAAGUUUCUUUAUUUAAAUAUUUAUUUAUUAUUUAUUACAGAAUCACUCCACUACAUUACAAGCAAAUAAUGAAAUAAGCUAACACUACGAUAAGAAAAAAAGAAAAAAAAGUUGUGGAGAAGGAGACAACCAAAAGCACCAAUGCGCCAUACUAGGGAUGUCCCCACUAAUUAACAUAAUUAUAAGAAAAAUAUAUACAAAUAGAAAUAUAAGUGGUCUAGUUAAGUUGAGAGAAUUUGAUAGCAGAUUAAAGCAUAUCCCUCAUAAAGUGAUCAUUUCACUAAUAUUGCAUUGAUAUUUUAAGGAGAAAAUUGAUUUUAAUCACUUUUGGGACUUAAAGGGUAAAUUAUACUAUUAGUAUAGGUAAUAGCAUGAUUUGUAGUGAUGUUUGGCAUAAAUACCACGAGUGAUAUAUCGAAAUUGUUAACCUAAUUUCACGAGCCGUUAGGCGAGUGAAAUUUGAGACAAUUUUGAAAUAUCACGAGUGGUAUUUAUGCCAAAUAUCACGUACAAAUCAUGCUAUUAUUUGUUUAUACUACUACCCGCAAACGCUUUGUAAUUUUCACAUGUAGGUAUUUCAAAUUAAGCUGAAAUACCACUGUUCUAAGCCAAUCAAAUUGCAGUAAUUUUUCAUGUAGUAGUAUAAACCCAAGAAAACUGAAAAAAGAAACGAUCUUCCAGUUUUGUUUUUCGGGGCGUAUUGCAAAGGCAUGAAACUACUUUGCUUUUUACAGUUAUGGGAAUUCACACGGCAAUGAAAAUGGUCAGAACAAAUUUUGCAGAUUGACAUUGAUAACCAUUUUUCGUCAUUAAGGAAGGAUCUGGGGUUAUUAACAAAAUUAUGUGUUAUUUAGGCGCUUUGGACCUGCAGUGUUGUACACAAGAGAAGAACAAGAACAACGUUCAUUGUACACCAAGAUUCUGGAAUUUGAACAGGAGACAGUAAGUCCAUAAAAUAAAAAUGCUCUGCACUGUUAACUCUCUCUAAGGGUGCCCACCAUUUGUCAGAAAUUGUAGGCCAGACCUACUCAUUGGUGAAGAGAAUGCCACUAAUAUCUGUCUAGCCAAUUAAGUCUAUUCGUAAAUACUGUGCGCAGCAGUGUUGAGCUGUUAGCGAAAACUCUCCUAAAAAGCCCAUUUCACUUUGAAGAUGACCAGUCUUGCCGCUGACUCUUUUGGGAAUGGCACUUGAGCAAUAACAAACAGAAAGUAUAAAUGAACACUGAAAUGAAUAAUGUAGAAUUACCACUUGUCCAUCAAAAGCCUUGACCAGUACUGCAAGUAUUGAUCUCACGUUUAUUAUUUUUUUUCGUUUUAUUUCAAGGUGUGGCCAAAGCAUUUACGUGAAAAGUUGAAACUAAUGCCAACGGACACCAAGUUGAUCAAAGAUAUUAUAACCAAGAUUUUUUGGUAAGGUUAAUCACUCUCAGUAUUGAAUAGUAUUUACUGUCAUUUUAGGCUUUAUCUUACACAUGCUCAGUUCUGUUUGGAUUGUAAACCUGAGCUUGGCUUUCGGAACAGAGAUAUACACGUAAUUAUGUUAAGUGAAGAUGGCUGUCAGCAGUCCCCUUGACAACGUAUUUUCGCUGUCUUUUGUCUGUUAGGAGUUUCUUGUCCUCUUGAUAAACUACCGAGACCUGUGUGGGUUGUUCUUUAGUGUAGUAGUUUUAGAGGUAUACUUUGUUCAAUAGAGCUCCUCCUUUAGCGGAUUAAAGUUCAUUCUUAAGUUUAGACUAGACAAUACAAUGUAUGCCCACCAUUUCCAUGAUUCAAGGGCACUCAACGACGAUUUCCUCCUAAAUGCAUUGAAAACACUUUUUAGGCUAUCCAGAGUACUUUUAGAUCUCUAGAAAUGCUUUGUAAGGGGCACUACAAAAUUUGUAUCUUGUUCAGUCAUCUUAGGGGAAGUUGAGUCUUAUCGAAAUUACAAGGGCUUCAGCAGUAUUUUCCCGAAAAUUUAGAUGCAUAUUGAAGUCUUACGAAAAUAAGAUUUUUUUUGAUUUCUCUCUCCAUCACACUUUUGAAUCCGAAAAUAUUAGGUUUCCUUUUUCUUCGAGAAAUAGCUUAAUGUGGGUUAAAAGAAAAUCGUAGGGAAUAUAUUAGAUAAGCUUCGAAUUUUGUAUGUCAGUGGAACGGUUAUCUAGAACUUUUUAGCCCUCCUCGAAAUAGGGAUAAUUCUAGGAGUAUUCCCUUGUUAAAAAUUAAGUAUUCGUAAUCGUUUCCACAGAAUCGCUUGCGUAUCGUAAUAUUCUUGUUUCUUACCUGAGUGCGUUAUAUCUCUAGAAGUUUGUUAAAUGUUGCUUACAUAUUUUCACCGUUCAUCCUAUUUAAUCUGUCUUUUUUUUUUUCUAACUGCGUUUAAAAUAACCUUUAAAAUCUACUGAGUCAUAAAUAAGUUAGAAAUGUCUAAUCAGUGUCUUAUUUAGAUGUGAUAAACACGAUAGUGGUUUUUGCUGUACAAUACAAUAUGUGUCUUUUUAUCUCCCAUCCUGCAGUUCGAAUGAUCAUCCACUGACCCAGUUCCUUUUCCAGUACCAAUAUCACGUGUACCGGAAACUGGCCCCGUUGGUAAAAGAUGUGGGCUUCAAGGACGUGAAAAGCGGACACAAAGCUACCUGCGAGGGAACUGAUAUUACUUCAAGUGACAGUCAACCGGAACAGAUACCUGCUGAAACAAUUGAAACUGGCCAUGUGGAGGCGGAUGAGAUGGAAAAUACGGAAGUCAAUACGGGUUCUUUAAGGGCUACAGAUGGUGGGGAAAAUUUGGCGACCGAGUUAGACACUGAUGAAAACUCAAAAGCUACCCUUCAGCAGGAUGAAAGUGAGAUAGGUAAAUACUUGGCAGACGAAAACGUUGGAGAAGAAUAUAAAGGUGACAAAAACGAUGCUAUCCACGUUUGUAACGAAGGAAAAAGUUUGAAUACUGAUUUAAAGAAACUUAAGAGCUUUCUUGAAGAUGGAGCUCCGCUUGAGGGUCCCUCGGAGGAUGGACAGCUUGGUGAUUCACAAGGUUCUUUAACUGUUGAGGGAACUGAUGAAUCUGAGAAUUUGAAGAGUUAUUUUGAAGAGCUUGAGGAUGAUAUGUUUGACUGGGAAAGCAACGAAGAUGACGAUGUUGAGGAAACUACUGAUGUCAUAAAGGAAUCGCAUGAAAUAACUGGUGAGGAAAAUAUUUGUGAAAAUAAAGAAGCUAGUGAUACACAGAUCCAAGUGGAUAAAAGUGACGAUCGUGUAGAACCAACUGCCUUAAACGACGAAAAAUCUUCUAGUGAGUUAGAUUCUUUGGUGAAAGAAGAAAAGGACAAUUUAUCUGACAAAGUCGACGAGGAAGAGACACAUGGAUCUGAUGAGGCUCUGAGAAAGAACGAAAUAGAACCUGAAAACGUCGACUCCGAUCAUAGCGAUCAAGCGAAGAGUAAUGACUCUGCAUUAGACGCAAAUCAGGUUGUUUCUAGCAUGGACAACGAGAAUGAUACACGCGGAUCUGGUCAAAACGUCUCUCGAAAUGGGAACGAAAUUGAAACCCCAAACGGUGGUGUAGAUCAAAGCAAUCAACUGACACAUAAUUCCAACAAAUCGGACUCGAAUCAGUGCAUUUCUAAGCAGGGGGAACAACGCAGGCAAGGUCAGACAAUUUGUAGCGAUGUUAGAGAUGAAGAAGAAACCAUACAAACGGAGCCCCUGACAGAUGACACUAUAGGUAGCAACGAAGCAGCCCCAGAAGCACUCAGUACAGCAGAAUCACCACAUGAGGAGACGGAGGAUUCAAAGGAGAUUGAUAGUGAAGGAGACGCACAGAUGCCCAAAUUAUCUUUGGUUGAGGAAAGUGAUGGUGAAAUUAAAAGUGGCCCUGUACUAAGGGAUACUUUUCCACAAGCCGAUGAAGUGAGGAAACAGUUGAAGGACAUUUUGUUGGAUGUGAGAUUUUUCCUCGGUAGGUGCACUUUUCAGUUAUUAAUAAUAUAUAUCGCAACUGCUUUUAAUUUAGUUAUUAUCUCUGGCUUAAAGUAGAGCGUCGGAAGCUGGGUAUGAUCCUGUCAACUUGUUAUUUCUUGCAAAGAUAUUUACUUUGUAUUGCCGGGUUUUCUUUUCUCUGUGUAGAAUUUGAGACAAACGAUCAGAAAAAAACUAUGCUUGUUGGGCUAGGUCGUUUAAGUUACGAUCGGGAAAUGUUUUAGCAUUUUGACCUGUCAGAUGAGAGACGUGUCUGAGCUACAAUUUCUUUGGCGGUCAACACGACCGGCAACAGUCCCAAAUUCAUUUUGAGCCCUGACAUGUAGUUUCGCUUAGACGCUUGCACCAAGCUCUUGCCUCAGUAAGGUGUGUUGCUGAUUCAGUACGACGAUGAAAUUGCGUGCGCACACGUCCUCCAUUUCCUUUACUUCGCGCAGGAAAACGAAGACGCCUAUUUAUAAACGAAUAUAAGAAUAAAACAAGGUCAACAAAAAGUGUGUUUAAGGCAUCGUUCUCACUUUUUGGCCAAGAACGGAACUAAUGUGAACACAACCGUUUUUCAAGUACCCACACCAGAAUUCGCGCGUGGUGCUGGUGUCCGGGUGCAAGGUCUCUGUCUCGAAACGGGGUACCGGGACCCAGUAGGCAUACCUUUUCUUUCACUUCCAAGGCAGUUUCACUGCUUUGUAUACUUACAACUCCCUGCUAGUGAUACCUUUUCCCUUUUCAUUAUGCCUUGACGCUACCAAGUUUGUAUUACUAAGUAUCUUGACACUAGCAGAGACAAAAUUGCUACCCAAAAAUGCAAAACGUUCCCUCUGGCUGGCUUGCGUCGCUCAAAACCGUUGUUAAUUGAGCCCCCCAAUCUGUACACCGUAACGACAACACCAUUCUGGGCCAGCACCUAAGUACUAAUACUCGCGCACCAAAUGUGAACAUAAUCUAAGGCUAAACUGUGUUUUUUUUUACUACGUAUGUUUGUAUCAUUUUUAUUUCCAUCGCCUUUACCAAUGCGCGGGUUCGAUUCCUGCUGGGGGCUCGGAUUUUUUUUGGGCAUUUCUUAGUUGUACUUUAUAUCUAUUUCUAAUUUCAUCACACUUGGGUGGUUGGUUGCCUUUUCCAGUACGGUUGAUUUAGCAGCUAUUUUUUGUAUAUUCUAAUAUGUCCACACUCUGAGCUUGCUUUGAAACUUCGCCAUCAAAUAGUUUCCAUGGAUACCAUUUACAAUGGAAAACCGGAAAUUCCGGCUGGAAAAUGAAAUGGUUCGCGGCAUUUCGUUUGGGAAGCUUCAGAAUGUAGAAUUUGAGACAAACGAUCAGAAAAAAACUAUGCUUGUUGGGCUAGGUCGUUUAAGUUACGAUCGGGAAAUGUUUUAGCAUUUUGACCUGUCAGAUGAGAGACGUGUCUGAGCUACAAUUUUUUUGGCGGUCAACACGACUGGCAACAGUCCCAAAUUCAUUUUGAGCCCUGACAUGUAGUUCGCUUUCCUUAGACGCUUGCACCAAGCUCUUGCCUCAAUAAGGUGUGUUGCUGAUUCAGUACGACGAUGAAAUUGCGUGCGCACACGUCUCCCAUUUCCUUUACUUCGCGCGGGAAAACGAAGACGCCUAUUUAUAAACGAAUAUAAGAAUAAAACAAGGUCAACAAAAAGUGUGUUUAAGGCAUCGUUCACACUUUUUGGCCAAGAACGGAACUAAUGUGAACACAACCGUUUUUCAAGUACCCACACCAGAAUUCGCGCGUGGUGCUGGUGUCCGGGUGCAAGGUCUCUGACUCGAAACGGGGUACCGGGACCCUGUAGGCAUACCUUACCUUUCACUUCCAAGGCAGUUUCACUGCUUUGCAUACUUGCAACUCCCUGCUACACUCAUGUUUCAAUAUGUCCGGCAGGGUUAAAUGAAGCAAAUAGGGAGCUUAAGCGAAGGUGUUUUUGAGCGACGCACGCCAACCGGAGGUGAUACCUUUUCCCUUUUCAUUAUGCCUUGUCGCUACCAAGUUUGUAUUACUAAGUAUCUUGACACUAGCAGAGCCAAAAUUACUGCCCAAAAAUGCCAAACGUUCUCUCUGGCUGGCUUGCGUCGCUCAAAACCGCUGUUAAUUGAGCCCCCCAAUCUGUACACGGUAACGACAACACCAUUCUGGGCCAGCACCUAAGUACUAAAACUCGCGCACCAAAUGUGAACAUAACCUAAGGCUAAACUGUAUUUUUUUUUACUACGUAUGUUUGUAUCAUGUUUAUUUCCAUCGCCUUUACCAAUGCGCGGGUUCGAUUCCUGCUGGGGGCUCGGAUUUUUUGGGGGCAUUUCUUAGUUGUACUUUAUAUCUAUUUCUAAUUUCAUCACACUUGGGUGGUUGGUUGCCUUUACCAGUACGGUUGAUUUAGCAGCUAUUUUUUGUAUAUUCUAAUGUGUCCACACUCUGAGCUUGCUUUGAAACUUCGCCAUCAAAUAGUUUCCAUGGAUACCAUUUACAAUGGAAAACCGGAAAUUCCGGCUGGAAAAUGAAAUGGUUCGCGGCAUUUCGUUUGGGAAGCUUCAGAAAAUAUGGCUGUUAUUUGAGGUGAAGCAAUAUUUCCACUUUUUAAAGUCUAUUUAGCUGACUUUUAAAAGGUCGUUUCCCCACCACGUCAAAUUCCAUAGUUUUAUGUUUAUGUACAAGAUUUCCAUCUGGGUAGUUCGUGUAGAUGUUAAUCAUCCCAAGGCUGCUAAUUAACCAUAACCUGGAAAGCCAUUGUCAUCUUCUUUGUUUGUUGUUAAAUGGUCUAAGAAUAUAUUUAAUGCCUCAUCUCAGAAAAACUUCAGAAGUUGUUGGUCCUUGCUUACGAGCCGCUUGACACACCAGCUGGUCGAGACGCGUGUUAUUCCUGCGUGGAGUUUCCAUUCUUUAAGCCUUUGUGGCCUAUGCUGUUAGCGGUCCUCAGGUAUUGAAAUAAAACUCAUUUACAAGAGAGUUGCAAGUCGCACCCUAUCGUGUAGUGAUUACAAUAGGAACAGAAUAGUAGUGGUAGUGGCCAUGUCAAUACAGUAGUGAUGACAGUGGAGUAGUAACAGGAUCAUCUUCAGCAGCAGCAGCAGCAGCAGGAACAGUAGUAGUAGUAGUGGUAGUGGUAGCCGUAGCGGCAGCGGCAGCAGUAGUAGCACUAGUAGUACUAGUAGUACUAGCAGUAGUACUACCGGUAGCAGUAACAGUAGCAGUAGCUGCAGUAGUAGUUGUACUAAGAGCAGUAGUAGCAGCAGCAGAAGUAGUAGUUGUGGUAAGAGCAGCAGCAGCAGCAGCAGUAGUAGUAGUAGUAGAAGAAGCAGUUCCAUAGCAAUCGCUGUAGUGAUAACGAAAGCGCCAAUUUUUCUUAAAUAACGGCUCCGUUGUUUUUGUAUAGACUGUCUAGAUAGGACACAAGCACGGGAGCCCUGCCAUCCGUUUGGAUUAUGAUAAAUGAAUAGAUAACGUACCUUCAUCGAUGGGUGGAGUGUCUUUUCUUUGUCGGCCAUUUCAAAAUUUACCGUAAGCAACAGUCAGUUCGGCGAGCUCUGAAACGGAGAAUUCUUCAGGAGCUGCUCGGACCUUCGAAAAAUGUUCGAAAUGUCCGACUGUCCCAGAUCCCCGAGAGAAAGCCCCGAGAAAGCAUGUUCACCAGAGAAAAAACACUUCACGCGUCGAUAAGUACAAAGAAGCAAUCUAUUAAUUUAUUGUUAUCUAAUCGAAUAUGAGAGCACCCUAUGCACAAGCUUACAAAAUGAUGACAUGCUUUCAUGGUCCUUUUCCCAACAGACAAGUAAAUUUUGAGAAGGAAGUUUGUUUAGCUGAUGUUAUGGCUGCUAACAUAAGUAAAGGUCCUUUUGAUAUGGGCGUACCUCAAAGACUCUGUAUGGAGGAUCAGGUGUGUGCAUUAUUAAUAACAAAGGAGAAGGUACUUUAAAGGCUUUACUGGGUACAGACUUACCCAAUGUGGACUUGGUUGCUCCGGUUAGGCCUUCCAAUGCGAAGUCUAAUACUCCACAAAUAUGGGUUUUAUUGUUUGUUUGUUUGUUUGUUUCUGUGCAUGGCACUGUAUGACUGCGUAAAGACAGGGGGCAAAAUACAAGAUCAAAUGGUGCGACUGCAAGGUCACCCACGUUGGUGAGACCGGUUAAACCUUAGCACGCGACUGGCCGAACACAAAAGAGCGACAAGAAAUGGUGAUAUCAACAAUCACAUUUCUGAGCACCAUGCAAAUACAGACCAAACAUCAAAUCAACUGAGACUCUGCGAUGUGCAUUAAUUAUUCUUCACACUACUAUCAACGACUCACUUCAGAUGCUGGUUUACUAACUUAGAACAAACGCCACUGAAUCGUAGUCAUCAGUUACCGGUACCGCACAAACGACUUAUUGACGGGCUCAAGCAGAACUGUUAACUAUAGAAUUACUGGACAACCGACAAUUUGACCAACAGUAAACGAUUGUUAUACUGUGACAAAAGACAGAUCGAAACGCACCAAUGACUUUUAGAGUCUUAUACCCAAUGACAUCACUGGUUAACUGACAGACGACCAUUAACAUCGCGACUUAAUUGACCAAUCAGAUCAAUAACAGAGUUUAAUACCAUCAUCAACUCACUUUGACUCUGAAGAUGACUACCGCACAGGUUGUCGAAACGUCAGUCACUGUCAGCAACACUCCUUUUCAGGACUGCGUUCACCCGAACGAUCAUGUCCCACCUCCAAAUGACUCCUGGAUUCAAACCUUUCCCCGUUUUAGUGUAAUAACUAAAACACAAACAUAAAACUGAACCACUCCUAAUAUUAUUAGAUUCUCUUAAUUGAUGAGUUCACUGUGUCACUGAUCACCCAUUGUAUUUUUUACUAGGAGGUUCUAAACUCCACUGAAAACAAGUAUCCAUAUCAGAUGGCUGUUGAGGAACUUCAUAAAUUAGUGACGAUGUUUUGUCCACUGGAAAAACUGGAAUGCUUAGGUACCUUGUUAUGAAGCGUUAUGAUUUUGCUGCAAUGCUCCCAUGCUUUUGAAGUAAAUAACUAGCUUUUGUUGGCAAUUAGAACGGAGGAUACGUCGGUUAUGCCACUUGAUCGAUCGAGUAUUUCAGCUGAAAUUUUUGCUUCGCGAUUCACUGUUGUGAGGCUGUGUGUAAUGAAGAAGAGAGAAAAAAACAAAGUGGUUUUGUUUGCUUCGAGCUGGACUCCAAAAUGUUCCCUAUUUUCUUUCCUGACUAAUCAAGUGUGAAACAGAUUGUGAAAAUCAGCCUGCACGCGCGUCUUUUGUGUCGUAUUUUUCUUUCUAGUUCAAUCCUGCCUGUCCUUUUUAAAAAGCAAAUCUGCCUAAGACUAUGGUUCAUUGUCCUUUCCAUUUAUUCUACAGUGCGCACGUCACGCUGUAUCUGUCAGUGUGUGGAAGAUUAUUGGGAGAGUAAAGGAAAGCCCCGCCAUAGCCCAGAGACUGCCAUGUAAGUCCACAUUAGUGUUUACAAAUUGGCCAAUAAUAUGUCCACACUCUGAGCUUGCUUUGAAACUUCGCCAUCAAAUAGUUUCCAUGGAUACCAUUUACAAUGGAAAACCGGAAAUUCCGGCUGGAAAAUGAAAUGGUUCGCGGCAUUUCGUUUGGGAAGCUUCAGAAAAUAUGGCUGUUAUUUGAGGUGAAGCAAUAUUUCCACUUUUUAAAGUCUAUUUAGCUGACUUUUAAAAGGUCGUUUCCCCACCACGUCAAAUUCUAUAGUUUUAUGUUUAUGUACAAGAUUUCCAUCUGGGUGGUUCGUGUAGAUGUUAAUCAUCCCAAGGCUGCUAAUUAACCAUAGCCUGGAAAGCUAUUGUCAUCUUCUUUGUUUGUUGUUAAAUGGUCUAAGAAUAUAUUUAAUGCCUCAUUUCAGAAAAACUUCAGAAGUUGUUGGUCCUUGCUUACCAGCCGCUUGACACACCAGCUGGUCGAGACGCGUGUUAUUCCUGCGUGGAGUUUCCAUUCUUUAAGCCUUUGUGGCCUAUGCUGUUAGCGGUCCUCAGGUAUUGAAAUAAAACUCAUUUACAAGAGAGUUGCAAGUCGCACCCUAUCGUGUAGUGAUUACAAUAGGAACAGAAUAGUAGUGGUAGUGGCCAUGUCAAUACAGUAGUGAUGACAGUGGAGUAGUAACAGGAUCAUCUUCAGCAGCAGCAGCAGCAGCAGGAACAGUAGUAGUAGUAGUGGUAGUGGUAGCCGUAGCGGCAGCGGCAGCAGUAGUAGCACUAGUAGUACUAGUAGUACUAGCAGUAGUACUACCGGUAGCAGUAACAGUAGCAGUAGCUGCAGUAGUAGUUGUACUAAGAGCAGUAGUAGCAGCAGCAGAAGUAGUAGUUGUGGUAAGAGCAGCAGCAGCAGCAGCAGUAGUAGUAGUAGUAGAAGAAGCAGUUCCAUAGCAAUCGCUGUAGUGAUAACGAAAGCGCCAAUUUUUCUUAAAUAACGGCUCCGUUGUUUUUGUAUAGACUGUCUAGAUAGGACACAAGCACGGGAGCCCUGCCAUCCGUUUGGAUUAUGAUAAAUGAAUAGAUAACGUACCUUCAUCGAUGGGUGGAGUGUCUUUUCUUUGUCGGCCAUUUCAAAAUUUACCGUAAGCAACAGUCAGUUCGGCGAGCUCUGAAACGGAGAAUUCUUCAGGAGCUGCUCGGACCUUCGAAAAAUGUUCGAAAUGUCCGACUGUCCCAGAUCCCCGAGAGAAAGCCCCGAGAAAGCAUGUUCACCAGAGAAAAAACACUUCACGCGUCGAUAAGUACAAAGAAGCAAUCUAUUAAUUUAUUGUUAUCUAAUCGAAUAUGAGAGCACCCUAUGCACAAGCUUACAAAAUGAUGACAUGCUUUCAUGGUCCUUUUCCCAACAGACAAGUAAAUUUUGAGAAGGAAGUUUGUUUAGCUGAUGUUAUGGCUGCUAACAUAAGUAAAGGUCCUUUUGAUAUGGGCGUACCUCAAAGACUCUGUAUGGAGGAUCAGGUGUGUGCAUUAUUAAUAACAAAGGAGAAGGUACUUUAAAGGCUUUACUGGGUACAGACUUACCCAAUGUGGACUUGGUUGCUCCGGUUAGGCCUUCCAAUGCGAAGUCUAAUACUCCACAAAUAUGGGUUUUAUUGUUUGUUUGUUUGUUUGUUUCUGUGCAUGGCACUGUAUGACUGCGUAAAGACAGGGGGCAAAAUACAAGAUCAAAUGGUGCGACUGCAAGGUCACCCACGUUGGUGAGACCGGUUAAACCUUAGCACGCGACUGGCCGAACACAAAAGAGCGACAAGAAAUGGUGAUAUCAACAAUCACAUUUCUGAGCACCAUGCAAAUACAGACCAAACAUCAAAUCAACUGAGACUCUGCGAUGUGCAUUAAUUAUUCUUCACACUACUAUCAACGACUCACUUCAGAUGCUGGUUUACUAACUUAGAACAAACGCCACUGAAUCGUAGUCAUCAGUUACCGGUACCGCACAAACGACUUAUUGACGGGCUCAAGCAGAACUGUUAACUAUAGAAUUACUGGACAACCGACAAUUUGACCAACAGUAAACGAUUGUUAUACUGUGACAAAAGACAGAUCGAAACGCACCAAUGACUUUUAGAGUCUUAUACCCAAUGACAUCACUGGUUAACUGACAGACGACCAUUAACAUCGCGACUUAAUUGACCAAUCAGAUCAAUAACAGAGUUUAAUACCAUCAUCAACUCACUUUGACUCUGAAGAUGACUACCGCACAGGUUGUCGAAACGUCAGUCACUGUCAGCAACACUCCUUUUCAGGACUGCGUUCACCCGAACGAUCAUGUCCCACCUCCAAAUGACUCCUGGAUUCAAACCUUUCCCCGUUUUAGUGUAAUAACUAAAACACAAACAUAAAACUGAACCACUCCUAAUAUUAUUAGAUUCUCUUAAUUGAUGAGUUCACUGUGUCACUGAUCACCCAUUGUAUUUUUUACUAGGAGGUUCUAAACUCCACUGAAAACAAGUAUCCAUAUCAGAUGGCUGUUGAGGAACUUCAUAAAUUAGUGACGAUGUUUUGUCCACUGGAAAAACUGGAAUGCUUAGGUACCUUGUUAUGAAGCGUUAUGAUUUUGCUGCAAUGCUCCCAUGCUUUUGAAGUAAAUAACUAGCUUUUGUUGGCAAUUAGAACGGAGGAUACGUCGGUUAUGCCACUUGAUCGAUCGAGUAUUUCAGCUGAAAUUUUUGCUUCGCGAUUCACUGUUGUGAGGCUGUGUGUAAUGAAGAAGAGAGAAAAAAACAAAGUGGUUUUGUUUGCUUCGAGCUGGACUCCAAAAUGUUCCCUAUUUUCUUUCCUGACUAAUCAAGUGUGAAACAGAUUGUGAAAAUCAGCCUGCACGCGCGUCUUUUGUGUCGUAUUUUUCUUUCUAGUUCAAUCCUGCCUGUCCUUUUUAAAAAGCAAAUCUGCCUAAGACUAUGGUUCAUUGUCCUUUCCAUUUAUUCUACAGUGCGCACGUCACGCUGUAUCUGUCAGUGUGUGGAAGAUUAUUGGGAGAGUAAAGGAAAGCCCCGCCAUAGCCCAGAGACUGCCAUGUAAGUCCACAUUAGUGUUUACAAAUUGGCCAAUAAUAUUUUUUGCUGAUUGUCACUAUAUUUUAGCUCUGGCAAGAGGUAGCAAAUCAAAGAGUACUACAAGAAUACUACAUUCUGAAGAGAAGUUCUUGAACUUGAAAUCUUAGGAAUGUUAAAUUUAGGUCUUUUAGUACAAUCGGCGCUACAAUAGCAUAUGUAACCUUGACUUGCAUGCACUCAUUGCGUUCGACGCAGUAUUACAUCGGAGGGAAAAGAAAAACAUUUAAACAAGUAUUUUUUUAAAAUUAUCUUUUGAUAGUGGCUGCGAUGAUUUAUUGCCGAUACUGAGUUUUGUUAUUAUCCGGAGUGGGAUGGCACAGUUAGUUUCCGAGUGUGAUGCUAUGGAGGAGUUUAUACCCGAGGGGUAAGUAUGAAUCUUUAUAUUCAGUAAAAACAGUCUAACCUUUCCACACCUAUUUAUAAGAACACCUACAGUAGUUAUAACGCAGUCGUCCUUAUUGAGCGUUGCGUGACGAGUGUUGUACCGAGGGGUAUUAUUGAUUCUUCAUUUUCGGUUUAUCCUCUCCACACCUCUCCAUAUGGACACGUAUGUGUUACGCGGACGCCCUAUUUGAACGUUGCGUGACGAGAUAAAUAACGGCUGCUUUCGCAAACGGAAUGAGCUGUAAGCAGGCUGGCAAAAAUCAUAACUCAAAAUUCAAGUAAAAAAAAGCAAAUAGAUAGUACCAUGUGAAAAAGUACUGCCAUGUAGUUUCAUUCAAAUGGUCAUUUCACGGGCGCUUGAGACACAAAAGUUUUCUCUCGAUAACACCGCAUCAUAACGCACACUAGAAAUAAAAUAUUGUCCUAGAUAUCAUACGUCUUAGUAUUAGUGUGUACAUUUCGUACUAACAACUUCCCGAAAGUGCUAGAAUUGCCUGUGCAAUGUGUGCUCACGUAGGCCACCGGUAGUAAGCAAAAGAAAAGUAAAAGCUGUUUACGUUUAAAGUUUCCGCCUCCACUUACAAAAGUGGGCACCUAUGAGAUUGUCAAAUUGCAGAGUUUAUUUUGUAUAUAUGGGAGUUCAAACGGUCUUUUUUUGUCAGGGCAACCGUUCAAGUAGAGCUGUCUGCUUGUUAAGAUUGGCGGUCAACUGUAUAGUUAUCUACAACAUCCUGAUGUUGUAGAUAAUUGCGUUGAAAUUAUUAGGACUUUUAAACUUUUAAGUCUCACCAGAUUGUAUUAGAUUCAGUUCCUGUUUUUAAGCUCUGCGCUCAGUAGAUUUGCUAAGAAUAAGUCUUAAAUCAAAGUGUGCGAGCAACGAACUUUCAAGAGGUCAAAUGGCUCAAUAAAUCAGGAAAAAAAAAAAAAGAAAUCUAUCGGUGGUUGGUUAAAAAGCAAAUGCAGUCCUCACGGUUCGAAUCUAUUAGUGAUGAUACUACACUCAUGUUAUUUUUUGGCGUAAUUCUUUUUGUUUUUUGAUUUCCAGGUAUCUUAUGGGGGAAGAAGGGUACUGUCUCACGACUCUUGUAACAGCCCUUGCAUAUCUUGCAACCCUGAAGCCCACGUGAUAUUUAGUCAUCGUGCUUUUUGUGCCUUGCGCAGAAUAGUGAGUUUUUGAGCGAUUAUGUUAUGACAAUUAGCUGGUGACAAGUGCACGAAACAAACAAACCCAAAAACUGCUAAGGAACUGAGUGGAGGCAAAUAAAUGGCGUGAAGGACACAAAUCUUCGGUCAGUGAGAAAACUAUCCUUCCAUGCGCAGGAUCUUUUAUGCGAAGCCGGGGAAACUAAUGUCCAAGGUCGUAAAAAUAUUUUAAUUGACUCGUUAACGGAGUUAGUAAAUGAUAUGCCUAUAAAUCGUAAAAUAUUUAUUCUCAGUCUGUGCCACUCCGGAAAAAUACAGAAAUACAAUUAUUGAACACUUGUUGCUUUAAGUUUGGAUCUUCGGUACAGUAAGCCAAAUGUCUGGUCAGCUACCAUGAUUUUCAUUUUAAAACCAGAGGUACCAUAAAAUACCAUCAGUGCGAAAUAGAACUGAAUGUGUUCAAUGAUAUUUAAAGUAAAUCGUAAUAGAUCAGUGGCAGAAGAAAAGUUACGCUAUAUGGUAACAAUAAA